UCAUAUCAAACAAUUUCACUACACAGAAGUAUACUAGUAACACAGAAGUAUCGCAAACGCAUAUGAUUUUACGGAUAAUGUGAAUGACGGUGUCCAUCUGAUUUGGCCUAUAUAUACGUGUGACAUUGGUGAUUUUUUCUCAAUCAAGGUUAUUUUGCAUUGUUUAUCAAUAAGGAUGGACAGGUUUACAGUCGACCUACAAUAACAAAGGAAGAACGGCCACGGGUAACAAGUUCAUUGGGUCGCUGUGAUACGUAUUGGAAUAACUUUCGUUAGCUACUGUUGUUAGAUGAGAUUCUAACGAACUGAAACUGAUCGCCAAAGGUUCAACGCAUUGGAUUACCUUUCACUCCCAGAGAUUAAUGUAUAAUGUUUCAAACGAGACCUCAUUUACCACGAUAUGCACAGUUAGCCAGGAUUAUUCACAAGCGACACAAAGGAGAAGCACUUUUAAAAUGUCCAGCAUGUACACUUGGAUGUCACACCAUACAUUCGAAAGCAGCUGACCGAGAUGGGUGCCAUCUUCAUGCUGGAAAGAGCAACUCUCUCGACCCCACCAGGGCAGCAACCCCUAUCGAUAUUGACAAUGUGGACUAUCACCGCGUUUUUGCUACAAAGACGCUGACCGACCUGGUCAGAGCUAUCAGUGUACUGAGGAUUUGCUCCUCCGAUACAUUUGUUACCAAUGCAUUGAAGUUAUACACGACUUCGCACAAGAUAUUUGGAAAACGCCUUGUAGACGUUUUGACAAGGCACACGUUCUACAAGCAGUUUGUUGGCGGGGAGGAUGUCGAGGCGCUGGAGAGGACGAUAUUGAAUCUCCAGACUGCAGGUAUCGGGUCAAUUCUUGCGGUACCCAUGGAAGAGGACCGACAUGAAGGAGACAGCUCGACAACUGAUAGAACGUCCUGGUACGACCAGAAUCGCGACACGACAUUUCGCUGUGUAAAAUUUGCCCACGAAUUUCAGCCCGAAUACCCGAUGUACCAAUUGAAAGUCACGGCUUUUCUACCCGGCGAUCUUGUGACCAAAAUAACAAAGAUCCUUAAGUCGAAAUCCUCGGAUGAGAUCCCCGUUGAAUCCAUUGCUAAGACGAUAUCCUCUGGAGAAAUGGUCACCUAUUCUGCACUCUCCACGAGAGAGAAUGACGACUUUCACCUUGGACUCAUACGACUGCGAGAAAUCGGUCAACUUUCAGAGGAGCUAAAAGUGCGCGUUCUGGUGGAUGCAGAAUACACCUAUAUGAACCCAGCGAUAUCACUUGUUGCCUUGGCCAUGAUGCUUAACUACAACCAGGAGUCUCCCUUGGUGUGGAAUACAUAUCAGUGCUACCUAAAGCAAACCUACCACAACAUGAAUGAAGAUUACCAGUUUAUAAAGGCUCAAGGCGUUGGCUUCGGAGUGAAACUAGUCAGGGGGGCAUACAUGUACAACGAACGGGUAUUGGCAGAAAAGGACGGUUACCCUUCACCCGUCCACGACACGUAUGAAGACACCUGCACCAUGUACAACAAGUCCCUGAAUAAACUGCUUGAACUGAUCAAGGAGAGAUCGCCAGUAACCAAUUUGAUAAUUGCCAGUCAUAAUGAAUAUUCGGUGAAGUUUGCCGUUAAACGGAUAAACGAACUUGGGUUGGACACUCGGAGUGGUGAAAUAUUUUUUGGUCAGCUACUAGGGAUGUCAGAUCAAAUCACAUACCCCCUUGGUCAGGCCAAGUACCUAGUCUACAAGUCCCUCCCAUACGGGUCUAUAGAUGAUACUAUCCCGUACUUAGUGAGACGGGCUCAGGAGAAUCGCUCCGUGAUGGCAGGGGUACGGCGAGAACUCAACGUUUUGCAAACAGCAACAAAGUCAAGAAUGAAGUCGUACUUCAGAAGUACAUGAAUACAUGGAAAUGAUAACCUAUCCUGUUUGUAUAUGAUGAUUUAGGACAUGUAUCGUCCAAUUAGACGGACAGUGACCAAUGAUCAAACGGAGCGCAAAAGAAUUUCCAAAAUGUUCAAAAUAUAUUCCCGAGGUAAAUCGUGUCCAAUGGAGGAUGCUAUAUAGCGCCAGUCAAGAGUAUUUUUUCUAUUUCGAUGGAGAUAAUGGACAAAGGUCGCCAGUGAGGUAAUGGAAAUGUAACGUAGCGACUACGCCCCAACACAAUUUGUUUCGACUGAGAAAACCUUUUCGGUACAGAGAUUUGAAUUUAUUCCAGUUCUGUGUAAUCAUACUUUUCGUACGGUCUGGUAGGCGUUUGGAAGCAGUUACGUCCAAGAGAAUUUUACUGUCCAUAAUUUAGACUGAUUGAUCAGUGUAUCCGAAUGUGAUGUUUUUGAGACGGUAGAAGACGCUCUCAUGAUAACAUCAUUUCCCGUCGAAAUUAAAUAUAGCGUACCAGUUUGAAUAAUAUCGAUAUGUGGCUGGGAGUAGAUUACCGGAGCAGGUGCUACUAUCAGUCUCAAAUGGCGUGUUAAAGGACGUGUCAGUGAUUCAUUACUGACUCGAUGAACAAUUGCAUUGUUUUUUUACAGCAUUUAGUUACAGAGCAAUCCUAAUGGUUUAUCAUUCCAAUACACGAUGUAAAUGAUUAAUCGGUGUAAAUUUUCUGGCGAUUGCUUCGAUUUCAUGGACAGUCUAGUGUACAUGUACAGUACCACGAGUGAACAAUUGCGUUCUACCAAAAUGGAAUGGAAAGGAAAGGCUUCGGAAAGUAGACCUACACGAGCGGGUGUAUUCCUGUUUCGCCUAUUCCUGUUUCGCCUAUUCCUGUUUCGCCUAUUCCUGUUUCGCCUAUUUCCUGUUUCGCCUAUUUCCUGUUUCGCCUAUUCCUGUUUCGCCUAUUUCCUGUUUCGCCUAUUCCUGUUUCGCCUAAUUCCUGUUUCGCCUAUUCCUGUUUCGCCUAUUCAAAUGUAUUGCUAACCUCCCCACAGACGUAGGAAUAUGAACCGUCCCUUACUUAAGGCAUCAAUACCGAGCUGGCGGUCAUUGGUUGUAUAACGUUUUGGACGUAAUUUGAGGUCUACCCGAGCGGUCUUGAUUAUACAACAAAUGACCGACAGCGAGGUAUUAAUUUCUAUUCUAAAAGGUUUCAAAAUUAAACAAAUUAAAUACGAUUUGAAAGGUAUAUAUGUUCCGUUUUCGUCAAAGAAUGAUCCAGCCUGGUGUCCGGAACUCCGCCUUAUUGUUGCUUGUGAAGAUGACGUCACGCAUUUUAUACCUACCCAGGCGGUCAUUGGUUACGAUACCAAGACCGCUCCGAUCAAAACGUUUUUUUAAAAGGCAAGAUAUAAAAUAGUAAGAAAGUUUUACCCUAUCAUUAGAUUUGAGAAAGGUUUAUUAGGCCUGCAUUUUAUAUUGUGGAUUUUCUUUCUUUUGUCUUAGUCAGUAACUGGCUUCUUAAUAGAAAGAAUACCUAUAGCUACAUUGUUCUUUUAUUCCUGAUUUCAUUGCGUUCAACGAUGUGAUGGCUUCCUAUUGAAAAAUAAUAUUUUCUCGAGGGUUUCAUUCCAUAUAAAUAAAGAGGUCAUGCAGGGGCUUUUCACACUCAAAACAACUUUGCAUGAUGGCUGAUGAAGCUCAAUUUGUAAUUAGAGAGGAAACCAUUCGGGACCGGAGAAUCGUGGUCGCGUUACCGGGGUGGUCGCGUUACCGGGGUGGUCGCCAACCGGGGUUCCACUGUAUUAGUUUUUACUGUGUGUCAGUAUGGUCCUAUGGUCCUAUGGUCAAAUAAGUCCCGGACUGUCCCCGCUUUCAAGGUGACUCUUUCAAAACGGUCAUGGCAUGGUUUGUUAACAAAGUUGAUGGCAUUUGAUUAGUCAAAUUGUCAUCACAUCGUUAACAUCAUCCAAUUGUCCCCUCACAUUUUCCCCAUAAAAUGGACAUGCAUCCCUAAGGUUCCCCGUGGGAGAGUCGAUUUAUUGUAGGGGUACUGGAAAGUAGGCGAAACAGGAAUAGGCGAAACAGGAAAUAGGCCAAACAGGAAAUAGGCCAAACAGGAAAUAGGCGAAAAAGGAAUAGGCGGAACAGGAAUAGGCGGAACAGGAAUAGUCGAAUCAGGAAUAGGCGAAACAGGAAUUUUGUAGGCGAAACAGGAAUAGGCGAAACAGGAAUAGGCGAAACAGGAAUAAACCCACGAGCGUCCACCUCAUUCUUAUUCCUUCUCGCAUCAAAAUCUGAACGUAACCAGCGCAAUAUGCACCGUGACACUUUACCCUGAUUUACGAAUUCAACAUCACUAUUUUAACAUGGAUUUCUGAGAUGAGCCAAUGAAAAUAAUUUUAAUGAUCAUCUGAUUCGCAUAAAUCGUGAAAAUAUAAUGUAAUUAUCCGAUGCUUCUAUGUAUUAAGUCUGGGGAAUUAGUCGCCAAUAAAACCAUAUGCGUACGU